CCUGUGUGUCGGGGUGUGUUUGUUUGUGAGAGGAAGAGGCUGGCUGAUGUUGGGCGGGUCUGAGGAGAGACAAGGCGCCGCUGCUGCUGCUCCCACAAAAAGAGAAGACGAAGAAGAAGGACGUACACACCGGAACACGGACGCUCCAACAGCCGGGAGGAUGGACCGGCGGAGCAGCCGUCGGUAGCGCUCUGUUUUCGGUGAAGGAGCUCCAGGAUGAGCGUAGCGCUGCAGGACCUCCGGAACACCAUGUCCAGCUACAAGAGGGCCACUCUGGAAGAGGACGAAGUGUCAGACGUUGCGGCUGAGGCGGCCUCGUCUCCGGACAGAGUGGAGUUGGGUUUCAGGAAGACGGGUGUGGACGUUCUGGGCAGAAGAACCAGGCUGGAGUUUGUGCUGUCGUUCCUGCUGCUCACCACCCUGCUGGCUCUGCUAGGCUGUUUGCUGGCCCUUGGACUGGGUCUCGGCCCAGGCACUGGGCGUGGCCUGUGCCUUACGGAGGCGUGUGUGAAGGUGGCCAGUCAGAUGGUGGAGGCCAUGGAUCGCAGCGUUGACCCCUGCCAGGACUUCUACCAGUUUGCCUGCGGGGGCUGGAUGCGGAAGAACCCACUUCCUGAUGGACGCUCGCGCUGGUCCACCUUCAACAGCAUCUGGGAGCAGAAUCAAGCGCUCCUCAAGCACUUGCUGGAGAACGGGACGUUUAACGGCAGCAGCGAGGCAGAGAAGAAGACUCAGUCCUAUUACCUGUCCUGUCUCAAUACCCAAAGGAUUGAGGAACUUGGGGCACAGCCUCUCAUCGACCUCAUCACCAAGAUUGGGGGCUGGAACAUGACAGGCCCCUGGGAGAAGGACAACUUCAUGGAGGUUCUGAAGACGGUUUCGGGGCCGUACCGAGCGCAGCCAUUCUUCAGCGUGGGAGUCAGCGCCGACCCAAAGAACUCCAACAGCAAUGUCAUCCAGGUGGACCAAUCAGGGCUCUUCCUGCCGUCCCGGGACUAUUACCUCAACAAGACAGCCAAUGAGAAGGUCUUAUUGGCGUACCUGGACUACAUGGUGGAACUAGGCAUGCUGCUGGGGGGGGCCAGGACCUCCACCCAACUUCAAAUGCAGCAGAUUCUGGACUUUGAGACGGCCCUGGCCAACAUCACCGUUCCGCAGGACCAACGUCGAGAUGAAGAGAAGAUCUACCACAAAGUGACCAUCUCCGAGCUGCAGACGCUGGCGCCGGCAGUCGACUGGCUGGACUUCCUCUCGUCGUCUUUGUUGCCCCUGGAGCUGAAUGACAGCGAACCCGUCGUCGUCUACGCCCGAGAAUAUCUGCAACAAGUCUCGGAACUCAUCAACCGGACGGAGCACAGUCUGUUGAAUAAUUACAUGAUAUGGACGCUGGUUCAGAAGAGCGUCGCCAGUCUGGACCAACGUUUUGAGAACGCUCAGGAUAAAUUACUGGAAAGUCUGUACGGGACGAAGAAGUCGUGCACGCCGCGCUGGCAGACGUGUAUCGGGAACACUGACGACACUCUGGGCUUUGCACUGGGGGCACUCUUUGUCAAAGCCACCUUUGACAAGCACAGCAAGGAAAUUGCUGAGGAGAUGAUUAACGAAAUCCGUGCCGCAUUCAAACAAGCUUUGGACCGACUCAACUGGAUGGAUGACGACACAAGACAAGCUGCUAAAGACAAGGCCGAUGCCAUUUACGACAUGAUCGGCUUCCCAGAAUUCAUCAUGGACGCUAAAGAACUGGACGAUGUUUAUGACGGCUAUGACGUUUCAGAGGACAGUUUCUUCCAGAACAUGCUGAACUUCUACAACUUCUCUUCAAGAGUCAUGGCUGACCAAUUGAGGAAGACUCCCAACAAAGACCAGUGGAGCAUGACUCCGCCCACAGUCAACGCCUACUACAUGCCGACAAAGAAUGGCAUCGUCUUCCCAGCUGGGAUUCUUCAAGCUCCUUUCUACGCUCGAGAUCAUCCCAAGGCUUUGAACUUCGGGGGCAUCGGGGUGGUCAUGGGUCACGAGCUCACGCACGCCUUUGACGACCAAGGUCGCGAGUACGACAAGGAGGGCAACCUGAAGCCGUGGUGGCGCAACUCAUCAGUGGAAGCCUUCCGCCAGAGGACCGAGUGCAUGGUGGACCAGUACAACGGCUACACCGUCAAUGGCGAGCACGUCAAUGGGAAACAGACUCUGGGAGAAAACAUCGCCGAUAAUGGAGGCUUGAAGGCCGCCUAUCACGCCUACCAGACGUGGGUCCACAAGAACGGAGAUGAGAAGAGACUUCCCGCUGUGAACCUGACCAACGACCAGCUCUUCUUCGUUGGUUUUGCUCAGGUGUGGUGCUCGGUUCGAACACCAGAGAGCGCCCACGAGGGCUUGGUGACCGACCCACACAGCCCGCCUCGCUACCGCGUAAUCGGCACACUCACUAACUCCCCCGACUUUAGCCGCCAUUUCAACUGCCCUUCGGGAACGCCCAUGAACACUGGAAGGCGCUGCGAGGUCUGGUAGAACUUUUGUUAGCGUUGAGGCUGAUCAGUCUUGUCUUCAUGAACUUGACGAGUUAACGAGGUGUUGACGAAAGCAGCUACGUAAUUCACUUCCUGUCUGGAAACAAGAUGGACGCAGUGGAGUUCGCCUUGUUGGACUGAUGAAGAUGGCAAUGAAGCCCAGAGAUUUGAUUUCCGUUCAUACUUUCAUGUAACUUGCUCUGCCUGAUGACAUCACUGUGAUGAUGACCUCUGAAAAUAUGAACUCUUACAGCCUGA